AUGUACGGAACAUCGACUGGCCCUCAAACGGGUAUCAACACGCCACGUUCCUCGCAGUCGUUGAGACCCCUUACUCUGACUCAUGGAUCGCUUGAAUUCUCUUUUCUCGUGCCUACCUCCCUCCAUUUCUACGCGACACAAUUAAAAGAUUCUUUCACGGCGUCCCUUCCCCAACCAACAGACGAGCUCGCUCAGGAUGAUGAACCUUCCUCUGUGGCGGAGCUCGUAGCUCGGUACAUCAGUCACGUUGCGCAUGAGGUUGAGGAAGGCGAGGACGACGCACAGGGAACUGGUCUAGAAGUCUUGAAGCUCACGCUCAAUGAAUUUGAGCGAGCCUUUAUGCGCGGGAACGACGUCCACGCGGUUGCUGCCGCUCUCCCAGGAAUCACUGCCAAGAAAGCCCUGGUGGUUGGAGCCUAUUACGCAGGAAGAGCCGCUGCAGGACGACCGACCAAGCCCUAUGAUUCGGCACUGCUCCGAGCUGCGUCGGAAGAGAAAGCCAGUGUCUACUCGGUUUUCGGUGGUCAGGGCAACAUUGAAGAAUACUUUGACGAACUGAGGGAGAUCUACACAACUUAUGCAUCAUUCGUGGAAGACUUGAUUUCUUCAUCCGCGGACUUGUUGCAGUCGCUCUCGAGGGAGCCCGAGGCCAGCAAGCUCUAUCCAAAAGGACUGGACAUCAUUCAGUGGCUACAGGAUCGCGAUUCGCAACCUGACACUGACUACUUGGUCGCAGCUCCCGUGAGUCUGCCAUUGAUUGGUCUGGUGCAAUUGGCCCAUUUCGUGGUGACGUGCAAGGUCCUGGGCAGACAGCCUGGCGAGGUUCUGGAGAGGUUCAGCGGAACUACUGGUCACUCCCAGGGUGUGGUCACAGCUGCAGCUAUUGCCUCAGCUACCACAUGGGAGGGGUUUGAAAAGGCAGCCAAAGACGCCUUGACUAUGCUCUUCUGGAUUGGUCUCCGCAGUCAACAGGCCUACCCACGGACCUCAAUCGCUCCCUCAGUCCUGCAGGAUUCCAUUGAGAAUGGUGAAGGCACACCCACUCCUAUGUUGUCCAUUCGGGAUCUGCCACGGUCUGCUGUUCAGGAACACAUUGACACCACAAACGAACAUCUUCCUGCCGAUCGCCACAUCUCUAUUUCGUUGGUCAACAGUGCUCGCAAUUUCGUGGUGACGGGUCCACCUCUCUCCCUAUAUGGUCUCAACCUGCGCCUUCGCAAAGUCAAGGCUCCCACGGGUUUGGACCAGAAUCGUGUGCCCUUCACACAGCGCAAGGUGCGCUUUGUCAACCGAUUCCUACCCAUCACCGCGCCCUUCCACAGCCAAUACCUCUAUUCGGCAUAUGAUCGCAUUCUGGAGGAUCUCGAGGACAUUGAGAUUCCUGCCAAGUCUUUGGCUAUCCCUGUCUAUGACACCAAAACUGGCGAGGAUCUACGGCAAAAUGGCGACGUCAAUAUUGUGCCAGCUCUGGUUCGCAUGAUCACACACGAUGCUGUCAACUGGGAGAAGGCCACGGUCUUCCCCAUGGCCACCCAUAUUGUGGACUUUGGGCCUGGCGGAAUUUCCGGUCUUGGUGUCCUGACCAACCGCAAUAAGGAUGGCACUGGAGUCCGGGUGAUUCUUGCUGGGGCCAUGGAUGGCACCAACGCCGAAAUCGGGUACAAGCCGGAGUUGUUCGACCGAGAUGAGGACUCUGUUCAAUACGCCAUUGAUUGGGUCAAGGAAUAUGGUCCUCGUCUGGUGAAGAACGCCACGGGCCAGACUUUUGUUGACACGAAGAUGAGCCGUCUUCUGGGUAUUCCACCUAUCAUGGUCGCCGGAAUGACACCGACAACGGUGGCUUGGGACUUCGUUGCGGCCACCAUGAAUGCCGGCUAUCACAUCGAACUCGCUGGUGGUGGUUAUUACAACGGGAAGACGAUGACCGAAGCCAUCUCCAAGAUUGAGAAAGCCAUUCCGCCGGGUCGUGGUAUCACGGUCAACUUGAUCUAUGUCAACCCUCGAGCCAUGGCUUGGCAGAUUCCUCUAAUCGAGAAAUUGAGAGCGGAUGGACUCCCUAUCGAAGGCCUUACAAUUGGCGCUGGUGUGCCAUCGAUCGAGGUCGCGAACGAGUACAUUGAAACCCUAGGUAUCAAGCACAUCGCCUUCAAACCAGGUUCAGUCGAUGCCAUUCAGCAAGUCAUCAACAUUGCCAAAGCCAACCCUAAGUUCCCUGUCAUUCUUCAGUGGACCGGUGGACGUGGUGGCGGUCAUCAUUCAUUUGAAGACUUCCAUCAACCCAUUCUUCAGAUGUACAGCCGCAUCAGACGUUGCGAGAAUAUUGUUCUCGUCGCUGGUAGCGGCUUCGGUGGCGCUGAGGACACUUACCCGUAUCUUUCUGGAAUCUGGUCGUCGAGUUUUGGCUACCCGCCAAUGCCCUUCGACGGUUGCUUGUUUGGUAGUCGGAUGAUGAUCGCUAAAGAAGCGCACACAUCCAAGAACGCCAAGAAAGCAAUUGCCGACGCACCUGGCUUGGAUGACAAGGACUGGGAGAAGACGUACAAGGGUCCCGCUGGUGGCGUGGUCACUGUCCUCUCUGAGAUGGGAGAACCCAUCCACAAGUUGGCAACAAGGGGCGUCUUAUUUUGGCAUGAGAUGGACCAGAAGAUCUUCAAGCUUGACAAGGCGAAGCGUGUGCCCGAACUCAAGAAGCAGCGUGACUAUAUCAUUAAAAAGCUGAACGACGAUUUCCACAAAGUGUGGUUUGGUCGCAAUGCUGCCGGUGACGCUGUCGAUCUUGAGGACAUGACAUACGCCGAGGUGGUUCAUCGUAUGGUGGACCUCAUGUACGUGAAGCAUGAGUCGCGCUGGAUUGAUGACUCCUUAAAGAAGCUGGCCGGCGAUUUCAUUCGUCGGGUUGAAGAGCGCUUCACCACCACGGGAGAGCAAGUCUCUCUUCUUCAGAAUUAUUCUGAACUUGAUACGCCCUACCCAACUGUUGACAAUAUCUUGGCAACAUAUCCUGAAACGGCGACACAAUUGAUCAACGCGCAGGAUGUUCAUCACUUCCUUCUGCUCUGUCAGCGUCGUGGACAGAAGCCCGUGCCGUUUGUUCCGGCAUUGGACGAGAACUUUGAGUACUGGUUCAAGAAAGACUCUCUUUGGCAAAGCGAAAAUCUAGAGGCGGUCUUCGGACAAGACGUUGGAAGAACUUGUAUUCUGCAUGGCCCGAUGGCCGCUAAGUUCUCCAACACCAUCGACGAACCUGUCAAAGACAUCUUGGACGGUAUUCACCAAGGACAUAUCAAGGGUCUUCUUUUAGACGUGUACGGUGGCGAUGAAGCUAAAAUUCCUGUCAUCGAAUACUUCGGGGGCCGGCUCAGUGAGACCGGUGGCGAGCUGGACAUUGAUGGACUCACGAUUUCGGAAGACGCGAACAAGAUGAGCUAUCGGCUAUCCUCCUCUCCUUCUGCCGAUCUGCCGGAUCUUGAUCGCUGGUUACGUCUUCUCGCUGGCAACUCCUACUCCUGGAGACAUGCUAUGUUCCUGGCAGACGUCUUUGUUCAAGACCACCGCUUUCAGGCAAACCCAAUGAAGCGCAUCGUCGCGCCCACACCCGGAAUGUACGUGGAGGUCGUAUAUCCGGACGAUCCUUCCAAGACAACCAUCAUUGUCAGGGAGCCCUAUCAAUCUGGCAAACUCGUUAAGACAGUAGAGGUCAAGAUGAAUGACAAGAAACAAAUCAGUCUCACUCUCUACGAGGGCAGGACUGCCGAGAGUGGCGUGGUUCCUUUGACCUUCCUGUUCACCUAUCAUCCCGAGGCUGGUUAUGCCCCCAUUCGGGAAGUCAUGGAUGGCCGCAACGACCACAUAAAGGAGUUCUACUAUCGUGUUUGGUUCGGUAGCAAGAAUGUCCCGUUCGACACCCCCACGACUGCAACUUUCAAUGGUGGUCGAGAGACUAUCACCGCUCAAGCGGUAGCUGACUUUGUGCAUGCGGUUGGCAACACUGGAGAGGCUUUCGUCGAAAGGCCUGGAAAGGAAGUUUUUGCCCCCAUGGAUUUCGCCAUUGUUGUUGGCUGGAAGGCCAUCACGAAGCCUAUUUUUCCGCGGACAAUCGAUGGAGACCUGUUGAAACUGGUUCAUCUUUCGAAUGGUUUCAAGAUGGUCCCUGGAGCCCAACCCCUCAAAGUGGGAGAUGUCUUGGACACAACUGCCCAGAUCAACGCUGUGAUCAAUCAGGAUUCAGGAAAGAUGGUUGAAGUCUGUGGUACCAUUCUCAGAGACGGUCAACCGAUUAUGCAUGUGACCAGUCAGUUCCUUUACCGUGGGGCUUAUCUUGACUUCGAGAACACCUUCCAACGCAAAGACGAAGUCCCGAUGCAAGUUCACCUCGCUUCAAGCAGGGAUGUGGCAGUCUUGCGGUCGAAGGAGUGGUUCCGACUGGAUGAACCCGACGUCGAGCUACUCGGCCAAACCUUGACUUUCCGUCUUCAGAGCUUGAAUCGAUUUAAGAACAAGACCGUCUUUAGCCAUGUUCAAACAGUCGGUCAAGUUCUCCUUGAGCUUCCCACAAAGGAAGUCAUCCAAGUUGCAUCGGUGGACUAUGAGGCCGGCAUCUCCCAUGGCAAUCCCGUUAUUGAUUACCUCCAGCGCAAUGGAACGUCCAUUGAACAGCCAGUCUAUUUUGAGAACCCCAUCCCUCUCAGUGGGAAAACUCCUCUGGUUCUGCGUGCUCCAGCUUCUAACGAAACCUACGCUCGAGUUUCGGGCGAUUACAACCCUAUCCAUGUCUCCCGUGUCUUUUCCAGCUAUGCCAAUCUUCCUGGUACGAUUACGCACGGCAUGUACACCAGCGCUGCUGUUCGCAGUUUCGUUGAGACUUGGGCUGCUGAAAACAAUAUUGGUCGUGUUCGAGGCUUCCACGUCUCACUUGUGGGUAUGGUUCUCCCCAACGAUAUGAUUACAGUCAAGCUGCAGCACGUUGGUAUGGUGGCGGGUCGUAAAAUCAUUAAAGUGGAAGCCAGCAACAAGGAAACCGAAGACAAGGUUCUUCUUGGAGAAGCCGAGGUCGAACAACCUGUUACCUCCUACGUCUUCACUGGCCAGGGCUCCCAGGAGCAGGGAAUGGGUAUGGAAUUGUACAGCAGCAGUCCUGUCGCCAGGGAGGUCUGGGAUCGCGCAGACCGUCAUUUCAUUGAGAACUAUGGUCUUUCCAUCAUUGACAUUGUGAAGAACAACCCCAAGGAACUCACUGUCUAUUUCGGGGGACCUCGAGGCAAAGCCAUUCGCCAAAAUUACAUGGCUAUGACCUUCGAGACAGUGAAUGCGGAUGGGACGAUCAAGUCAGAGAAGAUAUUCAAGGAGAUCGAUGAAAACACAACAUCCUACACCUACCGGUCACCAUCUGGACUCCUUUCUGCGACUCAAUUUACACAGCCAGCGCUAACACUCAUGGAAAAGGCAAGCUUUGAGGACAUGCGCUCCAAGGGCCUCGUUCAACGAGACAGCAGCUUUGCUGGCCAUUCCUUAGGCGAAUAUUCAGCUCUUGCUGCUCUUGCGGAUGUCAUGCCUAUUGAAAGUUUGGUGUCCGUCGUCUUCUAUCGUGGUUUGACUAUGCAGGUUGCCGUUGAACGAGACGAACAAGGUCGCUCAAACUACUCGAUGUGUGCUGUCAAUCCUAGCCGAAUUUCGAAAACCUUCAAUGAGCAAGCCCUGCAGUAUGUCGUCGAGAAUAUCACCGAGCAGACCGGUUGGUUGUUGGAGAUCGUCAACUACAAUGUUGCAAACAUGCAAUAUGUUGCCGCUGGAGAUCUUCGUGCUCUCGAUUGCCUCACGAACCUGCUCAAUUACCUGAAGGCUCAGAAUAUCGACAUUCCCGCCCUUAUGCAGAGCAUGUCUUUGGACGAUGUCAAAGCUCACCUAGUUAAGAUCAUCCAAGAGUGUGUCAAGCAAACCGAGUCCAAACCCAGACCUAUUACAUUGGAGCGAGGUUUCGCAACCAUUCCGCUCAGAGGAAUCGAUGUGCCUUUCCACAGCACCUUCCUCCGUUCUGGCGUGAAACCUUUCAGAUCGUUCUUGCUGAAGAAGAUCAAUAAGACCACCAUUGAUCCAAGCAAGUUGAUCGGCAAGUACAUCCCUAAUGUUACUGCCCGGCCUUUCGAGAUCACAAAGGAAUACUUCGAAGAUGUUUACAGACUCACAAACUCUCCUCGCAUUGCUCACAUCUUGGCCAAUUGGGACAAGUAUGAGGAAGGUGGCGAGAACAACCCACGCACAACAGGACCCGGCAUUGCCUAA